AUGUCGAUUGUUUUUCAACUAGUCGUAAAACUUAAAUCAUGCAACAUGCUACAAAAUCAUUUAUUAGAAAUAAUUAGUCUCAAUAUAAGUCAGUACAUUGAAUCAGAUGAUUUUUUGACAUUGGAGUAUUCAGCUGUUGAGUUGAUCUUGAAACGUGAUGAUUUGAAUGUUCAAGAGGUUGAUCUAUGGAAUUUUUUGAUAAAUUGGGGAAUGGCUAAUUCUAACAGAUUGUAUGAUGAUGAACUUGAUAAAUGGACAACUGCUGAUUAUGAAGAGUUGCAGUCACAAAUUAAAAAUUUGAUUUGUUUAAUCCGUUUUACCACAAUGAAAAGUCAUGAAUACUCUCGAAAUGUCUAUCCUUAUAGAAAAUUGUUGCCUAAACAAUUGAAAAACCAGUUGUAUUUGCAUUUUUUGGAUAGUGAACACCAGACAACUGAAGAAAAAUCACUGAUACCAUUAUCACCUCGUACCUUACCACCUCAACCACAAAUCAACUCAUUAUACAUCAACAAUCAUGCUGCUUCAUUGAUUGAAAGUUACAUUAAAUGUAAAGAAAAUCACAAUACAAAGUCUUGUUAUAUGGAAUAUAAUUGGCAGUUGAUUUAUAGAGCAAGUCGAGAUGGUUAUAGUGCUCAUAGUUUUCAUAAAAAGUGUGAUAGCAAAGGUGCAUGUGUUAUUGUCUCUAAAAUACUUGGUGAGGAGGCUGAUAUUAUUGGUGGCUACAAUUCUGUUGGAUGGCUUGAAUCCAAUGGAACAUAUUCAAGUUGUGAUGAUAGCUUUAUCUUUAAUUUCAAUGAAGAUUUAUCAAUAAAAAAUUUGAGUAGAGUAUUGACUUAUUGCUCCUCAAAAGCAAUAUAUCAAUAUUCAGAAACAGGUCCAACUUUUGGAGCUGAUGAUUUUACAAUAGGUGACAAUCUAAAAAAUUCAAAGUGUAAUACUGACUUCUAUUAUGAAGAUACUAUAUGCCUAGAUGUUAUUCAAGUUCUAGAUUAUGAAAUUACACCCUAG